GAGUACCCUCCCUCAUCCCUAACAGCAGCAAAGAGUUUUCAAGCAGUGGUGGGGACAUUAAAUGCUUCAGCAGGACUUGGUCGCUGCCAGGUCUUUGUUCGAGACUUCGUUGUCACUCAGAUAGUAGGAAAGGAUCCCAGCGAGAUAUGGCAGAUUGAACAGCCACUGGAGCUGCUUAAGGAUAUUCUGGCUCGAAGUGGCUAUGCAGAGCCUGAAUCAAGACUAAUGCUUCAAUCUGGAAAAAACACUAUUCAAGCAGUGUAUCAAGUUGGGGUCUAUUCUAACAAGACCUUUUUGGGCUCAGGUUAUGGUGAGACUAUAGAAACAGCUGUGGAACAAGCAGCUCAUGAUGCUUUGAGAAGACUUUUCCACAUAACAGAGACCAGGGACCCUCUACCAUUUGGCAAAGAUGCUGAUAACAUUGCACUUAAAGAAACAAAUGUGUAUAUAAAUGAGUGGAUAAUUAAUAAAACACAAAACAUUAUAAAUUGCUAGUAUAAAAUCAGUUAAUAUUUUUGUGUAUGCUACACGCAUUUUGAAUUUUCAUUUUAUAUAACAAUAGAUAAACUACCAUAAAUUUAAUGUUGAUGCACUGUUGUAAUUUUCCGUCUCACUAUUUUUCAGGUCAUCAUUAAUCAUGAACAUUGUAAAGCGUGCAGCAAAACAGUAAUUUGAUAAAGAAUACAAUAGUACCUCGAGUUACAAACUUAAUUUGUUCCAGAAGGCUGUUCGAGUGCCGAUACCCAACAAAUUUGUUCCCAUAAGGAAUGAUGUAAAUUAGAUUAGUCUGAUUCAGACCCAUAAAAAUACGCUUACAAAAAUACACUUACAUAAUUGUUCGAGUUGGGAGCUAUUCGAAACUCGAGGUACCACUGUAAGGCCAUAGUUCUUGAAGAUAGUUUGUAUUAAUAUUGUAUUCAUUAUAGUAGUAGUCACUAAGCAUAUUAUAUGAACAUUUUAUGAAGUUAGAUGUACAGUCAUAGGCAAAAAAUUCUUCAUGCCUGAAGCUGAACUACUGGAAUGAAUCUACAGGUUACUGGAGCCUGCUUAAGGCUCAGCACAACUUCAAGUAGGCAUGUAUUGGGACUUUCGACUGUAACUGUUCAGUACUACAAAGUUGAUAAAAAAUGAAAAUAUUUAAUAUACAGUUAAAUAUUACAGACUACAAGUAAUUUAUUUGUUUUUAUGUAAUAUAAUG